AUGGACGUCUCGAGCAGCACAACCGCCCGCCUGCGGCGCACCUUUGCCUAUCCCGACGACGCCACAACAUCCACCGACGACGACGACUCCCGCGAAGCUCUGGACGAGCAGGAGCAGGAAGACCUCAUCCUGACCCUCGCCGAGCAGAACGAGGCCCGCAACGCCCAGUUCACCACCGCCCUCCUCGCGCUACCCGUCCUCGCGACCCUGCCUUACCUUGUCGUCCUGCUCGUCCGCGGCUCAACCCUGUCAGAUCGCCUCAUCGCCCUCCUGAGCCUCUCCAGCCUCGGAUCGACCGCGUACAUGCUCCGCACGCAGGCGCCCGGAGUCACAGGGAUAUGGCACAUCGAUGCGUGGACGGCGGGGGUCUAUUCCUUGUCCUCUCCAACCACCACCACAGCAACAACAACAACAACAACAUCGCAACCUUCCUCGUCCGCGGUCUUCGACCCCCGCGACAAUAACAGCAAUAGCGCUGCCACAACCUCAUCGGCAACGGGCCUGGGCCCAGACUACGCCGCCAUGGGCGGCCUCGGGUCCGCCGCCCGCCGCAAGCGCAGACGCAGCAGUGCCAGUAGCUUUGGGGUCUGGUUCCCGGCCCAGAGGACGCCGCUCGAGCUGUACCUGCCCUAUCUCAACGUGGGCCUGUGCCUGGUGCUCGUGCUCAUGAGUGCGGCCAAGGCGUGGGCUAGUGGCGGUGGUGGGAAUGGUGGAGGAUCUUCAUCGCCGUCGUCAUCAAUGUCUUGGGGCGACUUUGGCCUGGGCAACCUGCCUGCUAUCGUCUAUGCCGUGGUUCUGGUGUCCAAGGUAGUCAUGGGUAGUGUCGACCCGGAGAAGGAAUUAAGCGCGCUGAGGUAUCAGUAUAAGGGUGCAUAA